AUGCCCUCUGGUUGUGAGGGUUGUUUUCCUUCGGGUAUUGAGACUAGUGUUCCUCUAGCUAAUGAAGGUUGUACAUCUACUAGUAGUCAGGCUAGUGUGCCCUAUAUGGAUGAAGGUUGUUCUCCAGGUGUUGAGAUAAGAGAGCCUUCAGUUAGUGGAGUGGUUGUGAAUGAGAUUCAUGUCCAGAGAUCACUUGAACAUAUUUUCUCACGUUUGAAAAUAAAUAAUAAAAUGACCGAGACGUUAGAAGACGGAGACAAUGUAGACACUCAGCCACAAGAAAAUGAGGUUUAUAAACUCACCCCUAAAGAAGAAGCUGAACAGAUUCUGAAGACCAUGCAAGGUGACAUGACUUAUGGCAUCGCAGAUUUCCCGCCAUGGUAUCUAUCACUACUUCUUGGUUUACAGCAUUAUUUGACUAUGUUCGGAUCGACUGUAGCUAUAUCCCUGCUGUUAGCCGAUGCGUUAUGUAUUACCAAGUCUGAUCCCGUACGCAGCGAACUCAUAGCUACCAUAUUCUUUGUAUCUGGUCUGGUUACAAUACUGCAAGUAUUGUUUGGUGUGAGAUUACCUGUAGUACACGGAGGUUCAUUCGCGUUCUUAGUGGCGACACUGGCCUUUCUUGCACUACCCGAGUGGAGUUGUCCGGCCACAGAAACGAUCGCCAAUAUGACGAGUGGUGAACGCAGGGAACUGUGGCAAAUACAAGGGUCCAUUGCUGUUGCGUCAUGUUUUCUAGUGGUUGGUGGCUUUACCGGUAUUGUUGGAAUUUUAUUACGUUUCACCGGUCCUCUUGCUAUUGCACCCACCAUUUCGCUGGUUGGUCUAUCGCUAUUCGUAGACGCAGGACAUCUCGCGGGAUCACAUUGGGGAAUAUCUUUUCUUACUAUGGUAUUGGUUAUCUUAUUCUCGCAGUAUAUGAAGAAUAUAUACGUUCCUUGUUGCGUAUGGACUAGAAAGGAGGGGUGUCACGUUACAACAUAUCCACUAUUCACACUCUUGCCUGUUGUCAUUGCUAUAACGUUUGCAUGGUUACUGUGUUACGUCCUAACUGUCGCUGAAGUAUUACCAAAUAAUCCAGAGUCAUAUGGAUACCAGGCACGCACGGAUACCAGAUUGAACUUACUUUCUGAUUCCAAGUGGUUUGACUUUCCAUAUCCAGGUCAAUGGGGGUUACCAACUGUCAGCUUGGCUGGUGUGUUUGGAAUGUUUGCUGCUGUGCUCGUAGUUAUUGUCACAUCGGUCGGCGAUUACUAUGCAUCAGCUAGGUUAUCUGGAGCGCCCAAUCCUCCUAUGCAUGCCAUUAACCGUGGAAUCGCUGUUCAAGGUAUCGGUUGCAUACUGGCAGGUGUUUGGGGAACGGGAAAUGGCACGUCAACAUAUAUUGAAAACACAGGAACUAUUGCUAUAACUAAGGUUGGAAGUCGUAUUGUAAUAAUUGCGGGCGCUGUAAUAAUGAUGCUUUUAGGAAUGUUUGGUAAAUUUGGGGCGUUUUUUGCAACAAUCCCGGAUCCCAUACUGGGUGGCAUGUUCUGCAUUGUAUUUGGCAUUAUCACAGCUGUUGGAAUUUCCAAUCUACAAUUCGUUGAUUUGAAUUCAUCGCGGAAUUUAUUCAUCAUAGGAUUCUCUUUCUUCAUGGGUAUACUCGUUCCGACUUGGAUGAAAAAUAACGAGGGAAUAAUAGACACAGGUGUUCGUGAACUCGAUCAGAUUAUAACAGUACUGUUAAGUACUGGUAUGUUUAUUGGCGGAAUGAUUGGAUUCUUAUUCGACAAUACUAUCCCCGGCACCGAAGCCGAGCGUGGCAUUAUAGAGUGGAGGAAGCUAUAUGUUGAGACAGAUGGUGAAAAUGAGGAAAGGGUUCAAGCCGUCAAAGAAGAAGUCCUGAAAAGUUAUGAGUUCCCCUUUGGAAAUAAUUGGAUUCACAAAUGGGCACACAUAACGAAAUACAUGCCAGUAUGUCCCACGUUUAUUGGUAUGAAGUGCAAGUGUAAUUGCAAUAAGUGUAAACGUGAACACGACAGUGAAGACGAAGAGGUAGCACCAAUGUUGGUAGAGCAAACAGAAUAA